ACACUCAUCUCUUCUCUACCAUCCGCCAUUCCAUCAAAAGAGCCACGAGCACGCGUCGUAGGCUCUCUUCAUUGCCUCGCCGAGUUAUCCAAGGGGACCACGCUGCUGGAGAAAAUCUCAUCAAGCACCACUACUUCGGACCUAAUCCAGUGUAUCCACCACAUAUUUUUCGUCGAAGGUUUCGGAUGCAUCGUCCUUUAUUCCUACGUAUCCUUCGUGCCGUUCAGCAAGAAGACGAUUAUUUCACUAUUCGAUGUGAUGCAACAGGUUUAGCUGGGCUCGGUCCAUUGCAAAAAGUAUGUGCUGCUUUGCGUAUCCUUGCGUACGGGUUACCAACCGAUGCGGUCGAUGAGUACAUACAGAUUGGCCAGACUACGGCUAGGGACUGUCUUAUCCGUUUCUGUCGUGCAAUCAUCUCUUCCUUUAGCGAACGCUACCUCCGUAUCCCUAACCACGAAGAUAUUGCUCGCAUACUAAGUGUAAACGUCGAAAGGGGGUUUCCGGGAAUGCUAGGCUCCAUCGAUUGUAUGCAUUGGGAAUGGCGCAACUGUCCUACUGCAUGGCGGGGACAGUUUUGUGGGCGCAAUUCGAGGCCAACAAUGAUACUAGAGGCACUCGCUGGGUAUGACCUCUGGAUUUGGCAUGCCUUUUUCGGAAUGCCUGGUACUAACAAUGAUCUGAACGUCCUGCAUCGUUCACCAGUGUUUGAUCAGUUACUUAAUUGGACUAUGCCACCAGUGAACUUCACUAUUAACGGUACGACGUAUAAUUUCGGAUACUACUUAGCGGAUGGCAUUUAUCCAAAUUGGCCAACCUUUGUCAAAGCAAUUCGUCACCCAUUUGAGGAGAAAAAGGUUCACUUCACAACCAAGCAGGAGAGUUGUCGAAAGGAUAUAGAGCGAGCAUUUGGAGUAUUGCAGGCGAGGUGGGCAGUUCUUCAUGGCCCAGCUUAUGGUUGGGAUCGUACUCACCUCGCUGAGAUGAUGACUGCUUGCAUUAUUAUGCAUAACAUGAUUGUCGAGGACGAAGGAGAUGGUGCAGCAAACGUGGAUUUCAUUGGGCCCACUAGCCCCCCAGAAGUUUGUAAUAAUAUUCCCGAGGUACGCAACGAGUGGCUACACAAUCAUAUCCGGUCUGAAUUACCAAACGAACCCGAUCAGGACAUCACUAGUCAGUCGACAUAUUUGUUGUUGCAACACAACCUCAUAGAACACCUGUGGGCACGUCGAGGGUCAAUGGGUUGAAGCCCUUUUCUGCAAACUAUGAUGGCCGCAUGUUCUGUGUUCCAUGUCUGUAGUUUAUCAUGUCAUGAAUCUGUUACAAAUAAAGUGCACAUGUGCUCUGCUUGGUCUCUUGUAUGAAUGAACCUGAUUGUCAAAUAUAAUAUUAUGAAGUUAU